AUGUAUCUUCAGAAGUGGAUGUUGUUCUUGUGGGCGUUGAGUUUCACGGAUUUUACGAAAGUUACAGGAACGUUAGACGAUGAUGAUGAAGAUACUACCAUUUUGGAUGAUGAACUGCCAUUAAGACCAAAUGACAAAUACUCCAAUGAUGCUCAUCCGUACUUCGACGAUGAUACAGACAUAAACAACUUAUAUCAAGAAGAUAGAGAAAGAUUCGGAUGUUCGGAUAGAUUGGAAAAUGCUUUGGAUCAAGUGAGACGUAGGCAAAUAUCGAGAAGGAAAACUUUGCAGCUAGACGGAUACUCCCUCCAUCAAUCACUUCGUAGUGCUCCUUUAGAUAUGUACGUCACUAAUAUGAAAAUAAGGCUGCCGCCUACUGGAGGUUGGGUUAAAGUAGAUCGAUGCAGAUUCAAUCCAAGGAAUUCUAGUUUAGAAGCAAGACUUUUAUUCAAUGAUCUCACUAUAAUGGGGAAAGUGAAUCUGUUUAACGACGCCGAAUUACAAAGAGAACCUGUAGAUCCUCUGCCGGAAGAUACUUGCAAUAUGAUUCUAAGAUUACGAAAAGCAGGAAUCGGAUUUCAUACCGAACCAAUCCGUCGAGAAAAAGGUCACUUCAACGUACGAACAAAUUCUCAUUUUGUUGAACCCGGUUUCAUAUCAGUUUAUGCCUACGGUUGUGAACCAAAACUUAGAGAGCACAAACGUCAUUUUAGAGAAGAGUUUGAUGAAGAAACAGACGAAGGAUUAUCUAGAGAAAUGGAGGAUAUAUUUUUAAAAGGUAUCAGAUCUUUGUUAACAUCUUAUAUGCAAAAAGAACUGCAGCCAGCUAUUAAAGAAACUCUUAUGAGAAACAUGGGAUACACAGUGUCGUAUGGUUAA